AUGCAGUUGCCAUGGCCUGGGCGCGGAGAGGACGGAUCUUCCCUCCCUACCGCAGCCAGCGUUCCCGCCAUCAAGGGGUUGAUGGGUGAUGCCUCCAACCUCGCCGACAGGCCGCCGUCACGACCACGGCAUGCGCGAACCACUUCGGCGCAUGCUCGCAACGUCGCGGAUGAAUACGCACACAUGACCCCGAGCGAGGCCGCGGCCCGCCUGCGAACCUCCCUGACACACGGCCUCCAUCCCAACGAAGCCCUGAAGCGACUCGGCGAGCAUGGCACCAACGAGAUUCCGCACGAAGAGCCCGAGCCGCUCUGGCUACGCUUCAUCAAGCAGUUCCAGGAGCCCCUGAUCCUGCUGCUCCUGGCCUCCGCCGGCACGUCGCUCCUCGUCGGCAACAUGGACGACGCCGUCAGCAUCGCCGUUGCCGUCACCAUCGUCGUCUCGGUCGGCUUCGCCCAAGAGUACCGGUCCGAGAAGUCGAUCGAGGCGCUGAACCACCUCGUCCCCAACCACGCGCACAUAGUCCGCGGCACGAGCAGCAGGGCCGCCGUCAUCCCCAGCACGUCAGCAUGGCCUGCCCCGGGAGACGCUGCGCCGGAGCGUGCGCCUACCCCCGGCGCCGUUCAGCCCGAUGAUGAUGAUCUGGACGUUACCUCGACGAAGACCAUGGCAUCGCAGCUCGUCCCCGGCGAUCUGGUCCUCUUCACGACAGGCGACCGUAUCCCUGCAGACGUCCGGGUCACCAAGGCCACCGACCUGACCGUCGACGGCUCCAACCUCACUGGCGAGAAUGAGCCUGUCAGGGUCGGCUCCGAGGCGCGAAGCCGAAGGAUCGACUCAUACGGGCUUGUCCCCCUGCCCAGCCCCGCGUCUCUGUCCCCGUCCGAGCAUGGACGCUCCGGAACGGGCGAGAAUGUCGUCUACAUGGGCACCUUGGUCAAGUCCGGUCACGGCCAGGGCAUCGUCUUUGCCACCGGAGGAAACACUCACUUCGGUACCAUUGCCACCAGCGUCUCGGGCACGGAGAGUCCGCGGUCGCCGCUCCAGCACUCGAUGGACGAGCUCGGCUCGCAGCUGAGCAAGGCCUCGUUCGCCGUCAUCGGCCUCAUCUCCUUCGUCGGCUGGCUGCAGGGAAAGAAGCUGCUGGAGAUCUUCACCAUCUCCAUCUCGCUCGCCGUCGCCGCAAUCCCCGAAGGCCUGCCCAUCAUCGUCACCGUCACCUUGGCGCUGGGCGUGCACCGCAUGGCUAAGCAUAAUGCCAUUGUCCGUCGGAUGCCCAAGGUUGAGACGCUCGGCUCCGUCAACGUCGUCUGCACCGACAAGACGGGCACCCUCACUACUAACCAUAUGGCAACGGUCAAGAUGUGGUAUUUCGGAGUUCAGGAGGCGGUCGACAUCGGCUCGGACGACGACGCUGCGGAGAAAGAGCGGACACCGGCCGGACUCCGGAUCCUCCGCAUCGGGAACAUCGCCAACAACGCGCGGCUGGCGCAAAAGUCCACCCAGAACGGCGCGGCGGCGACUGCUGUAUUGUCUUCGACCGUCGGCCGGGGCCAGGUCGACACGCACACUAGGUGGGUCGGCCAGCCUACGGACGUGGCCAUGCUCGACCUCCUCGACAAGUACGGCGAGCACGACGUUCGCGAGUCUAUCGGACCCCGCGUCAACGAGGUGCCCUUCAGCUCCGAGCGCAAGUGGAUGGGUGUGACGAUUGGCUCCGACGCCAGGAACGACAAGGAGUAUGCGUACAUGAAGGGAUCGAUCGAGAAGGUUCUUGCGGCUUGCGAUACCUACGUCGACAGCGAUGGGCGCGAGGUCGCUCUCGACGCCGCUCGCCGACGAGAGGCCCUCCGCUCGGCCGAGAAGAUUGCCGUGGAGGGACUUCGGGUCAUUGCCUUUGCCAGCGGGCCCGUGGCCAGAUCGUCGAGGGCAAAGUCUGCAUCCCACCGCAGCAGCACGCCUAGCGACAGGGGCAGUAGCCCGCAAACACCGACACCUUCGGACGACGCAUUCAGGGGCCUCACCUUCUCCGGAGUGGUCGGGAUGAGCGACCCGCCCAGACCCGGGGUCGGGCGGUCCAUCAGGAGACUGAUGGGCGGAGGCGUCAGGGUCAUCAUGAUCACCGGCGAUGCCGAGACCACGGCCCUCGCCAUCGGCAGGCAGCUCGGCAUGAGCAUCGCGACCCCCAGCGUGCACGGCAAGGGCCGGUCGACCGUCAGGUCAGUCUUGACGGGCGACGAUAUCGACCAGCUGUCCGAAUUCGACCUCGGCCUGGCCAUGGAGCACACCACCAUCUUUGCCCGCACGAACCCGGACCACAAGCUGAAGAUCAUCCGCGCGCUGCAAUCCCGCGGAGAUAUCGUGGCCAUGACCGGUGACGGCGUCAACGACGCACCGGCGCUGAAGCGAGCCGACAUCGGCAUCGCUAUGGGACGCCACGGAACCGAUGUCGCCAAGGAGGCCGCCGAUAUGAUCCUGACCGACGACGACUUCUCCACCAUCCUCCGCGCCAUUGAGGAGGGCAAGGGCAUCUUCAACAACAUCCAGAACUUCCUGACGUUCCAGCUGAGCACGAGCGCAGCCAGCCUAGGCCUCGUCUUCUUCUGCACCUGCCUCGGGUUCAAGAAUCCCCUCAACGCCAUGCAGAUUCUCUGGAUCAACAUCAUCAUGGACGGCCCCCCCGCGCAAUCGCUGGGCGUGGAAAAGGUCGACCCGGACGUCAUGAACAGGCCGCCUCGGAGGCGUGACGACCCGGUGCUGACCAAGGCCCUCGUCACGCGUGUCCUCACGUCGGCAGCCAUCAUCAUGGUGGGCACCAUGUUCGUCUACAGCCGCGAAAUGCUCGAUGGGCAGGUAACUCGGCGCGACACGACCAUGACGUUCACGUGCUUCGUCUUCUUCGACAUGUUCAACGCGCUAGCCUGCCGGUCCGAGUCCAAGUCUAUCCUGAAGGGCGAGGUCGGCCUCGUGUCCAACAACCUCUUCAACUGGGCCGUCUCGCUCAGCGUCAUCUGCCAGAUGCUCGUCAUCUACUUUCCCUGGCUGCAGUCGACCUUCCAGACCGAGGGCGUGAGCCUCCUCGACCUGGUACGCCUGGUUCUCCUGUGCAGCACCGUCUUCUGGGCCGACGAGCUGAGAAAGCACCUCAGCGGUGGCGGCCGCGACAAUGGAGCCGCUGCCGCCGUCGUCGCAUCACCAUUGCCUUUGACUCCAGGAGCUACCCACACGAACGACAACAACAACAAUAACAAUAACAACAAUUCCAACAGUACCAACGGUACGACGACGACGACGACGACGACGAAAUCAGACCUCGACAAUGCCACGGAUGAGACGGAGAUUCGAGCAGCCCUGGCGGCCCUGCACAUCCGGGAGAGUGCCGUGACGAGGCGUCUAGACACGCUGGUGGCGUCCAAGUCGGAGCUGUCGCGGGACCUGGGUCGUCUGGACAUGCUGCGGGCGGGGCUGGGGGCGCAGGUGAUCUCGGCGCGGGCGGUGGGCAGCGAGAUGCUCUCCACGGCGGCCGACACGGCGGGCGGGCUGUCGGACCGGGUCAAGGAGCUGGACCUGGAGAAGAGCCGGGUGGAGGAGACGCUGCGGGUGGUGGAGCAGGUGGCCGAGCUCAAGGCCUGCGUGCACGGCGUGGUCGGCUCCAUGGGGGCCCCGCAGGACUGGGAGGCCGCGGCCGGAUACCUGGACCGCGCGAGCCGGGUGCCCGAGACCAUCGCGCGGGGCGCCUUCGCCGCCUCCAUCGUGCCCAGCGUCGAGGUGCCGGACCCUCCCUGGGUCACGCUCGAGGACGCCCGCGAAUCGCUGUGCGGCCUGUUCCUGCGCGAGUUCGACCGCGCCGCUGCCGAGGCCGACGGCGCAAAGGUCACCCGCUUCUUCAAGCUCUUCCCCCUCAUCGGCCGCGCCGACACCGGCCUCGACGUCUACGGCCGCUACGUCUGCCAGGGCGUCGCCGGCACCGCCAGGGCCACGCUCAGGGACGCCGCGCUGGGCGCUGCCGCCCGCAAGGAGGGCUUCUUCUACGCAAACGCCCUCACCAGGCUGUUUGAGCACAUCGCCCAGAUCGUCGAGGGCCACGGCGGGCUUGUCGAGCGCCACUACGGCGACGGCAAGAUGAUCCGCGUCAUCGCCCGUCUGCAGUCCGAGGCUGACGUCCAGGGUGGCAUCAUACUCGACACGUGGAGCGACGAGCGCGGCAUCGACAGGAGGCUCACCGACGUCAAGAGCUAUCCCUUCUCAUUCCUCGUCCAGAGCUUCCUGCCCCAGCCGCCCAGGGGCGCGGCAGGCGGUGGCCCGCAGAGGACGACGAACUCGCCGGCGCCCGGUGGCGGAUACGGUAGCGACCCCCGGGCCAGCGAGGACGAGGGCGUCAACAUGAAGGAGGUCGACGGGCUCCUCACAGAGAUUGCCAUCAUGCUCGGCCGCUGGUCGCUGUACACGCGAUUCCUGGCAGGCAAAUGCAUCGUACGUCUGCACCGCCCCCCCGUCCCAUCACAUCCCGGGAAGACGAACAGGAUACUGACGAGCAGGCUCUACCAGGACCCCGGAACCCCCGAGGACGUGCCUCUCACGGUACCCGAGAUGCUCAUCAAGUCCAAUCUAUAUCGCAAGGUGUCGGCCAAGCUGGUCAGCCCCUACAACGUCAUGACGACCUUCUUCUUCCGGCGGUCGGUGGAGAAGGCCUUCCAGCUGGACGAGUACCCGAGCGGGCUGUCGCUGAGCCUGCAGAGGCCGAUCGACGGCAACCCGCCCUUCAUCAUCCUGGCCGUGGACGACGUCAUGUACAUCGUCAACGCGGUGGUGCAGAAGUCGAUAUCGACGUCGCAGAGGGACGUCAUCGCGUCGGUGGUGCCGAGCAUCGGCCGCGUGCUGACGUCUGACUUUGUGGGCAUGAUCCAACGCAAGAUGCGCGACGAGUCGUACCCGAAGCCCGUGGUGCAGGGAGGCUUCCCCCCGGAGGACAGGAUCGUCCAGUUCAUCGUGCUCAUCAACAGCCUGGACAUGGCAAACGAGUACCUGACGCGCAUCAUCCGGGUGCAGACAGAGACUGCGGACAGCAGCGCCACGGACCGGGCGCAGCAGCUGCAGAUGCAGAGCCCGGUCGAGAAGUCGUUCCCCUUUGAGCGAGACGUGUCGUUCGUCACGAACGCCCUGACGACGAUGCAGACGACCUUUGUCAGCAAGACGACGGAGCUGCUCAACGAGGGCAUCCAAGUCCUCUUCAACAUGGUGGUCAAGGCGCGUCUCCGGCCCGUGCUAUCCGACACGUUCCGCGAUGCCGACUACACCAUGACCGAAGACGAGAUCGCCGACCUGGCCCGCCAAAACGACGAGGACGAGACGGACCUCCUGGAGCAGGUGCCCCGGCGCUUCGAGCACGGCUGGGAACAGCUCAUGAAGCCCAUCGCCCGCAUCAUGACCCCGGGGACGUACGCCACCCUCCUCGACACCACGGCCCGCUACCUCUCCAAGAUACUGGAGAAGCGCAUCCUCAGCUACGGCGGCAGGACCAAUCCCUACGGAACCAUCCGCAUCGAGAAGGACUUCACCGCAAUGAUCAGCACCGUCUCCCAAGACAACUACAUGGUCCGCGAGGCCUUUGCCAAGGUCACGCAGCUGCUCAUGGUCGUCAAUAUGGAGGAUGAUGAAUGGGAGGAGAUUGUCGACCUAGGCGAGGAAGAUGGUAUCGAUUGGGUCAUAACGGAUGAGGAGAAGAAGAAGGCUAGAGGGUUAACAAGAAUAUUAUAG